GGGCUCACAGCCUAGCUACUGGGAGUUAAGCCAGGAUCACAUCCUGCGCUUGCGUCAAGGUUUAGCUGCGGCGAGCGCCGGGCCCUCUCAGGGUCAAGUUCCUGCCAGCUACUUCCUGCCUCACCGACGUCUUGGUAGUCAAGGGCCCACUUACGUACUACAAGACAGUCCACAAUUUCUGCUCUGGGUCACGAGAGUCUCGGGCGAACUGCGGCAGUUUUGGGACCGAGCAGCGUGAUUGGCCAUCACGACUUGUUUCUUCCGAGCUGUACACUAACCUGAUUUCUACGCGACACCGCUUUAUUUCCCGUGCAGUGAGCCGAGCGGACCAAGAGCUGCUCCAGCCCAGUCGCCUUGCGACCGUCCCUCGCGCUCGCUCCCCGUCUCACGGGCACGGCGAAGCCAAGUCAUCUCGCCACCGCGGCAUCAGUCCAGCAGCCCCUCGGGCUCACCACGACACCAGCUGCGCGCGAGCGUCUUCAGUGUGACCCUCGGUCACUCAUCACUAUUGGCUGACAAGCAGCAGUGCUUCAACAGCGCCUGGCCUUAACAGCUGCGGUGCAGGCAGGGCCCUCGGCCCCGCGCUCCAAGCCAAUCUUCGGCAACAGUAGCGACAGCGAGCGUUCCGGUUCAGGCACCGACAGCCGGCGCACGCCAGUCUACCGGUCAAGCGCCUCCGCCUCCUGUCGCCGCACCACCUCCUCUUGCCGCAGCGCCGCCGCUCCCAGUGGCCGCGCCGUUGCCACCGCUAGCGCCCUCGGUGCUGCAACAACUUCUCCGACUCCAACGAGCACACCAUGAGCAAGCUGCUGUUCAAGCCCAUGGACCCCUGGGACCAUCAGUCGGUCCCGCCGCUGUCCAAGCACCUGAAGGAGCAGCUCAACGGCACGCGCAAGUACCACGGCAACUGCGCGUAUGAGGCCGUCCCUGUCAGCGAGGCGCUCCGCAUCAUCGACAGUGGACCCGACGCCAACACUGCCUACCACUUCUGGUGGGCCAAGGAGCGUCCCACGCUCCAGGCGCGUGCGCUGGCCCACCACCAGGCGGCCAACCCGGCGCAGCAGGGCCAGCAGCCGGCUCCCAUGUGCGGUCACCACGUGAUCGACUUCUACAUCAAGCUGCUGCACGACCACUUCGCCCUGGACCGUGCCAGCUUCUACGAGGACCGCUACAACGGGCUGCAGCAGACCGAGGACAAGACUCCCUCCCAGCUGCUUGCCGACAUGCGGCAGUGUGAGCCGCACCUGCACGCCAUGCCUCCGGACAAGUUCGCGAUGGACUUCGUGCACAAGCUGCACCGCAAGAUCGUGCCCAACGUCAAGAACCGCUGGGACAUCAUCGCCGUCACCGACUGGUACGGCCGCAUCUCCGACAUCGCCAAGGACGCCGACAUCGCCUGGGACAACUACCGGCGGGAGCAGUCCUACCAGCGGCGCAUUGGCGGGGCCGUGUCCGCCAGCAGCACCGGCGGCACCAUGCCCGCCAGCAGCACCGGCGCUGGGCCCAGCAGCUCCUCAGAGUCCAUGGAAAUGCAGGCGCUGCUGCAGGCCAUUCGCGCGCUCGGACCCAGCGACCGCGCCAAGGUCUCCCGCGCGCUGCAGAAGUAGUCAUGGCGCAUCGAGGAUCAGCGCCGCGUGCCCUCGGGCGGCGGUGUCUUCAGCCGCGCGCCCUCGUCGCUGCGGUGCCUUCAGCUGCUCGCCCCUGUGGCGGCAGCGUGUCUUCAGCUGCGCGCCCUCGUGGCGGCAGCCUAGCUUCAGCGCUGCGUGCCCCUCGGGCGGCGGUGCUUUCCGCUGCGCGCCCUCGGGGCGGCAGCGUGUCUUCAUCCGCGCGCCCUCGUCGCAGCGGUGCCUUCAGCUGCUCGCCCCUGUGGCGGCAGCGUGUCUUCAGCUGCUUGCCCUCGUGGCGGCGGCGCCUUCAGCUGCUCGCCCUCGUGGCGGCAGCGUGUCUUCAGCUGCUUGCCCUCGUGGCGGCGGCGCCUUCAGCUGCUCGCCCUCGUGGCGGCGGUGUCUUCAGCUGCUCGCCCUCGUGGCGGCAGCGUGUCUUCAGCUGCGCGCCCCCGUGGCGGCAGCCUAUCAGCAGCCGCGUGCCUCUCAGGCGGGCGGUGCUUCCAGCUGCGCGCCCUCAUGGCAGCAGCCCAGCUUCAACCGCGCGCCCUCGUGGCGGCGGUGCCUUCAGCUGCUCGCCCUCGUGGCGGCAGCGUGUCUUCAGCUGCUUGCCCUCGUGGCGGCGGCGCCUUCGGCUGCUCGCCCCCGUGGCGGCAGCGUGUUCGAGUCUUCAGCUGUGCGCCCCUGUGGCGGCAGCGUGUCCACAGCAGCUGCGUGCUCCUGUGGCGGCAGCGUGCUCAAUGGUGAUGGGGUGCAGAUGAAUGUGUGGUUUGAGGCUGAGCCUGUAGUUGGGAAUGCAUGUCUUGACCAGGCGCGUGUGUUAGGAACUUCAGCAUUCCUUGCACGCUUGCCUUACGAUAGCAUUGCCGCUGCCAGCACACCUGCCUUGCUCGGCUGCUCCUGCAUCAUGCCGACGGAGGGUUCAUCAUUGCAUCGCAUGAGACAUGUUUGUGGCUAGUCUACCUAGCAAAGAUGGUGAAGAGGUACGGGUUUAUAACCAGCGCGACGUCUGGCAACCCUGCGUAUGAGUCUGUGUGUGUUGCUGCUUGAGCAGCACUGCUACCAUGUGCGCCUCUUGUUUCAGUGUGCCCGCCUGCAUACCAGACCACAACCCAUUACCGUGCUGCGGCUGGGGGGGGGACAUCAGCCAGGGCACGUCAGGAAUGCGUUAUCACGCGUUAUGGCGUGACAGCUGUCACGCCAGCUCGUGUGACCGGACACGGCGAGGGAUAGUGCCGGUAAAGCUGCCUAACGUCAGGGUUAGGGUUGUUGCGGCUGUCGGGUUUAGGGCAGUGUCAGUGCGGAACGGGUGCCUCCCGGGCCCCGGACGGUAAAAGGCUGAGUCAUUGCUAGCCUUACUUUGUUGUGCUUUACAAGUGUGAAGUACGUUGGAACGCAGUUUGUAGAUGCCGUUAUGACGCGGCUAAGGAUUUGCGUAUCCGGAUGAGGCGAUUCCCCCUUGGGGCGCCGUUGUUUGUGUGGUCACCAGCUCGAGAUGACUUGUUCUGUCUCGAGCUCUCUGGUACGGCUUGCUGGUUAGCGAUUUCACAGACAGAACCCCGCUGCGCCUAUACACGGCCGGUGGUAAUACGCGUUUAACCAACAAGAGGUCUUACCAGAAUCGAUAUCUCGUCAACCUAAAUUAGUCUGUGCGCUCAGCAAGGGGCAGUGAGCCACGCAGCACCACAUCAGCCAGGGCACGUCAGGAAUGCGUUAUCACGCGUUAUGGCGUGACACUGAGUGUUUGGGCACUUACUGGUCUUGGGGAGGGGGCGAAGUGGGAGCAGCACUAGCGGACCGCCAUGCGAUCCAUGGAGCGUGCCCCUAGGGAGUCAAGUGACAGGGGACGCAAUGUGCAGUGUUCAAAUGCCAAGCACGAGAGGAGGCUGGGGUAGAAGUGGCGACUAUAGUCUGAGUAUAAUCUGAGUGCCAGAGUCGUAACAAACGUUGGACCAAAGGUACUGCGGAUGCUGGCGUGCACACAACCUCCUGGACCGGUGACCGGGUCGGGGGCGGGGGCGGGGGCGGGGAAUUGGAGUCUGGGGAAAUGGGAUCCAACGGACGCAAA